AUGUUGGAUUUUGAGCAAGAUUUUUAUAAAUUUGUUAAAGCCCAAUUAGAUAAGAAGCGAGAAAUCAAACAACUAACCUUCAAUGAUCAAUAUACUGAAGAGGAAGUAAUUAGAAGAAAUAGAUUGUAGAGUGAGAACAUUCAAAAAGUCUUGUAAAAUGAAAGAAAAAAGAUGAGGAUUAACAAAAUUUCAAAGGAGCAACAUUUCGAAAAAAAAUUGAGAGACUUUACAUCAAUGGACACUUUUAUUGAUGUUAAGUAGUUUCUUAAAAAUCUUAAUGAUCAAUAGGUGAAAAAAAAUCCCAAAAUAUUAUUCCAAGCCUUAAAAAGAACACAAUCGGAUAGUGAUGAUGAAGAUAUGUUUGAUUAUGCAGAGAUUGUUUAAAAAAGUAAAAAAGCUAUUGCCAAUUCUGAACAUUUUCGAACAAAACCUCGCAUAGAGGGUUAUUUAUAACUGGAAAAUGAGAUUAGUUAAAGGUCCAAAGCGAUUGAAGAAGGAAGGUCAACAAAUGAGAAAUUCUAUACAGGAAUCGAUAAACUAAUAACUGAUAUUAAUCACAAGAAUGUUUUGUCAGAGAUGGAUAGGAAGUAUGAGAAAGAGAGAAGGAGAAAUAGGAACUCUAUGAGUUCUGAAAAAAUUAUUUAAUCAGCAGUUCCAUUGGAUUUUGGGAAAGAUGAAAUUGCAGUAAAAGCUGGAAAAAAAUUUAAAGAAUAAUCAUAAAAGGUUUUAUAGCUUUUAGAAAGAACCACUAAAAUGCUGUACAAAAAUAAGAUUCCAUAACCACCCAAUCAAAAACUCUUAAAACAAUAAUAAUAAUAACUGAAAGAACUUUAACAGUAAAAUCCUAGUUCAUUUGAAAUUAGAAGUCAAAAGCAUUUAUUAGUCAAAAGUCGAAGUGAAAGCAACGAUUUGAAGUUUCCUCUAGUAAAUGGUAAACUAAUUAAUCCUCUUGUGAGGAGGGUUGUUCCAUUAUCUCAACUGAACCAUGCUACUCUUCCUGAAAUUAAACCUGGUUCAUUUGUAUCUCAAAGGGAGGACAAGAAAUUUGAAAAUUUUCAUUAUUUAAAAAGCCCUAAAACUGAAUAGAAACAGGAUGAUCGCCAUAUUAAUACUAGUCGUCAAACUGUUAGUUUGAAUAUCAAAAAUUAAAUUGGAGAAUUUAUAACAUAGCUUGAUGAUGCAUAAGAGCAAUUUUCUAAAUUGUAUCCCUCUGAUUCUUAAAUUUAAAAAAUUUAGGAUAAUAUGAGUAAAAAUAUGAGCUAAAUUGGCAACACUCCAUUGGAAAGUCUGAAAUAUUUGACCAAGAGGAAGUUCAAUAUUUCCAAAAAGUAUGAAUUGAGAGGUAAGAAAAACAAAGUUCUUCAAAUUUUAUGA